CGGUCAUCUCAACCCCCCCCGACACUACUUGUUCCAUUCCACCCAAUCUUUCCUCUGUCACGACCUUGCAUCAGCCAUCAACCAUCAAUCAUCAUCAACUCGUCGCAUCGACUCUGUCGUUGACACCACAUCCCACAACUCACUCUCCCAUCUCGCAACUCCCGUCUACCUCGUCCAUCUCCAACGCAUCAUCAUCACCUUUCCCCGUACACACCCACCCCACCAUGUCAACAUUCACUCCACCUCCCUCAAACCCUCCAACACGCAAACACUCUCUCCACUACAUCCUCUCCCCAACAGAACUCGCACGAGACGCUCCAGACGUCCCAAACGUCUCCUCACCCACGUCAUCUCAUCGCCCCCUCUCUGCCCCCACCACCCACAACAACUCUCACACCACACAUGCCAACGGCACCGCCACAACUUUAAAGGAUAAGGGCAAGGCCACAACAACCAAUGGUACCGUCAAGUUCAAGUGCACGCCAAGGCCAACUCUCGACGGGCUCCCCAAAGAAAUCCUGGCGGCAAUUGCUGUCUACCUCGUCGUCGACGAGCAUGGCGACGGCCGGCACCCGUCUCGAAUGACCCCCCUGCUGUACUCUUGCAAGAGCAUCUACAACAAACUCCAGUUUGACAACAACCCCGUGCUCUACAACAGGCUCUUCCGGGCAACAUUCGACCUAGGCGCCUUGAUACGCCGCACACAGUGGAUGUUUGACGUCAACACCGACGUCCCGGGCACAAGCAAGAAGACCGAGCUCUUCGCCAAUCCCCGCUCGUGGGCCAUCGAGUACAGGGACCGAUGGCGGUUGCGCAACCGCAUGCGUGACUGCGUGCGCCGCGACAAGCUCAACCUCGAACAUAUUGACACUGACUUGUGGGCGUUGUGGUUCCUGUGGACUGAGAAUGAUAGGAAGAACAUUGAGUUCCUGCGCGAAGAAUGCUUGUUCUACCGAUGGAUUCUCGUCAAUUACAAGGAUGACAUGCUGUCCGACUCGCUCAAGAGCGGCUACCCGCGUGACACACCUGUCAAGGCGCUUGGGAUCUGGCUGGCCAUGAUCUCGGGUUCUGAUCUAUACGCCGAGCGUACUCCGGCCGAGGUCGACGAGAAGAUCUUCCUCUUGCGGCCCUACGUCUUCGCAUGCUUCAGGUAUGAGAUGACAUAUGCAGACUGGCAUCACCGCAAGCUGCCUCUCUGCAAACCCGGUUGCACGGCCCACCCACCUGUCUCGUCGUACACCGCCCAGUACAACCGGUUCGGCCACUCCCACCGCCGGGCUCCACCUCACUUUGUCCUCGGCGCGUACUUGUGCUACAUGCGGUUAUUGGAGCGGCAGCCCGGGCGUAUUGGUAUCAAGGCCACCAGUAGCACGAGCUUCCUCGAUGAGGCCGGUACUGGUCUCUUUUCGGUGAACCAGUUGAUGCCCUCGAUCUACCACGACCACGAGUGGCAGCGCAACACGGUCUGCCAGGACCCCCAUUCUUCCCCAGGCCUGCCUCCUCUGACCUUCCACGGGCGCCUGGAAGGCUUUUGGCGCGGACGUCUGCUCUUCUUCGACUUUGACGCGUAUCGUCAAAUGCUGGCAGGCAACAAGCCGGCGGUGUACACAGGCACCUUUGCAACGCAUGCAGUCGAGCUCGAGAUUCGCGAGACAGUCAUCCAGGUCUUGGAAGACGAUGUCGGCGGGACCGGGUCACUGAUGAACGCCGGGUUUGACGACGAGGAGACCGAAGAGGAGCAGGAACGCAUUCGCAGUGGCUAUGGCAACAAGGUCCUCACAGGAGAUGAGCUCAGGAAGCCUGACCCUCCCGGAUACACGAAGGAGAUUCUCCUGUCAGGAGGGGCGCGUAGCAGUUGGGGUUGGUCGCGCGUUCGAGGACGUGUACGCUCAUGGGACGGGUUGGUGCAGAUCUCAAUCGGCAAGUCUACCCCUCACCCACUCGGCCAGUGGAUCUGGCGCGGCUACAUCCACACCGGAGGGUACCUCAUCGGGCGAUGGCGCGACACAUACACGCCCGAGUCAAAGUCCGGCUAUGAGGGCCCUUUGGGUCUUGUGCGGUCAGGCGACAUGUACUAUCCGAGCCACUUUCCCAAGUCGCUCGCGACGUCGACCGGCACCACCAAGCUCGACUUUGGGCCAGACGGCGUUGCGCCAGGCCCAGGACCGGGGCGCAUGAACCCAUUCCACGGCAACCUGCCCAAGAGCCCGGAGUCUCGUGGUUCGGCCUCGAGCGGCUCACGCGAGAGCUCUGAUGAAAUAAUGGACGGCCGGAAACGACGGUUCACGGACGAGGCGUCGUCUUAGUCUCGCCUGGGCUGGGCGGUUGCAGGAUCGCGACUCACGUCGGCGAUGCAGCAACGACCGAGCUAGUGCAAUUCAUCAGAGGCUCCACGCUGGUCGCUCCACGCCGGUUGAAGCGAGUACGUAGUGGCAAGCGAGAGGGGAGUGCAGCAUGUUGUAAAGUAAAGCAAUGCCCUAUGCAUGUGUCUUGGUGUUUUGUG